AUGGAGACGGUCUUGGUGGUCGGAGCUUCGGGCAACAUUGGCAUAUCUACCAUUCUGGCCGCCCGAAACACCGGCCGAAAUGUAAUGGCAGUGGUGCGCAACGCAGCUGCCCAAGACAAGAUUGUCCGCCACGUCGGCUCGCGGGACGGUAUCACCUUUGUUCAAGCCGACGUGACGCAGGCAGAUGGUCUCAAGCGAGUCCUUGAGCAAGUCAAGACGGGCAGGCUACCCGACUUCCAACACGUUUAUGCUGCUGUCGGCACGUUGAACUGUGAAAAGGUUUCCACCAUGGACAUCGAGACCUUUCAUCAAGUCAUGAGGCUUAGCUGUGAGGCCAACAUUUACGCCUAUAACGCCACGUUCCAGUACUUGAUCGAACAAGGCAAGCCCAACUCGACAUGGACAAUCAUCACUGGUGGUCUUGGCGAUCUCGGCAUAGGGGGCGCUGUGUCCAUUGCGCAGGGGGCCCUGUUUGCUUUUGCCGGAGUAGGCGCCUACGAGUGCAUGAGGACCAACGUGCGCUUCAACGAGGUAUAUCUCGCUCUGCAGGUGGCGGUGGACGAUGUUGCCGUCAAGAACAAGCUCGUCAAGGCAUCCAGGUUUGCCCAAGUGUACGAACGUAUUUUGGACAGGAAGGAUUUGAAGUCGGCUCGAGUCUACGUCGAGAACGAAAGAGACAUUGAUCAUCUGCGGUUUGAGAAGAAGCUGCCAGAUUCUCCUCUCGUUAAGAUGGCUUUGGAUGGCGAUCUGCAUCUUUAG